AUGGAAACCCUUCUCUCCCACUCGUUCGACUACCUCUCGUCGCCGUCCCCUCAGAAGAUCCGAAAAGGGCUGCGGCAGGUCGAAGGCCUCCUCGCCCAGCUAUGCCUCUCCAAGACGUCAAUAACCAACAAACGCCAAUCGAUGUUGCUACUCGGCUCUAAUCCGCCGACGGGGAAGAAACUCAGCGAACUAUCCGAAGACCCAGCGUUCCGAGAAUUCUUCAAACUCCAACAGUCGUUUCAAUGGAACAUAGCAAUGCGGCUGGUAUCGUGCCUCGAGCGACUCCUCGGCAAGGAAAGCAACGGCACAAAUGACAUCCUCAUAAUCCAAACACUGGACCUGAUCCAGGGCGUGUUACUUCUCCAUCCUCCAUCGCGAGCCCUCUUCUCACAGGAAAUAUACAUGAAUCUCUUCCUUGAUCUUCUCGACCCGUCCAACUGCCCGGCAAUCCAAUCAUCCACUAUCAUGGCGCUCGUCACAUCGUUACUCGACCAGCCCCAAAAUGCGCGGACAUUCGAAGCCAUCGACGGUCUGCUCGUGGUGACGUCGCUUUUCAAAUCCCGGAGCACGUCGCGGGAAGUCAAGCUCAAACUCGUCGAGUUCCUGUACUUUUACCUCAUGCCGGAGACGCCGGCGACCAAAUUAUCCACCUCGGCGUCUGCGACCAACACGGCAAUCCUGGGCGGCCGAGGCAAAGAACUCAUGGCAGCGUUCGACCGACGAAGAGAGACGGUCAACGGUCCCGAGGCCGCGGCCAAGAGCAGCUCGCCCGCGAAUAACGUCAGGACGACAGAAGAGAAGCAGAACCUACUAGGCAAGCAUUUGAGCAACGUACAAGAUCUCGUUGAAGACUUGAGAGAGGGUGGCGGUGUGUUUGGGGUUGGUGCCAUUUAA